AUGGCUAAGAAGGACAAGGCCAAGAAAGAAGCUAAGAAGGCUCGAGUUGCAGCCAAACAGGAAAAGGUUGCCAAAAAGUCUGAAAAGAAGGCCAAGAACAAAAAGGAUGCCGACGACAGCGAUGUUGAAGAUGCCGAUCUGGACGCAAUUCUGGCAGAAUACGCAAAGAAGCAAGAACAAUUCCUAAAGGUCACCGAAGAAACUGUUUCUGGCCCAUCACCAAGAAGUGCUUCCACCUUCAUCGCCUCUCCUUCAGACAGCAGAGAACUUUUCCUGUUUGGAGGCGAACACUACAAUGGAGCCAUCGCAAACUUCUACAACGAUCUGUACAUCUACAGAAUCAACUCGGAUGAAUGGCGCAAGGUAACAAGUCCUAAUUCGCCCUUGCCUCGCAGUGGCCAUGCUAUGUGCAGAGGCGGCAACACUGGUGGCAUCUACAUGUUUGGUGGAGAGUUCAGUUCGCCAAAACAGGGCACUUUCUAUCAUUACAACGAUUUCUGGAACUUAGACCCAUCAACCAGGGAGUGGACCAAGAUUGAGACUAAGGGGCCGUCUCCAACCGCCCGAAGUGGUCAUCGUAUGGUGGCCUUCAAACGCUACAUCAUCCUUUUCGGAGGAUUCCAAGAUACGUCUCAACAGACCAAAUAUCUGAACGAUCUCUAUAUUUAUGACUGCCAAACAUUCCAAUGGCAUGUUCCGGCCCUGCCACCAGCAGCUAUGCGUCCUGAUCCCAGAUCAUCCUUCUCCUUCCUGCCUCAUGAGACUGGAGCGAUCCUGUACGGUGGAUACUCCAGAAUCAAGACUUCGACCUCAGCUGGAAAAUCGAAAGGAGGCAGACAGGCUUCCCGUGUUAUCAUGAAGCCUAUGGUGCAUCAAGAUACAUGGUUCUUGCGUAUCACACCACCUCCUGCAGAAGCUCCUAUGAACACCUUGCCAACUGUUCGUUGGGAAAAGAGAAAGAAGCCAGUCAACUCACCCAACCCAGCUCGCGCUGGCGCAACUAUGGUGCAUCACAAGGGAAGAGGUAUUGCAUUCGGUGGUGUACAUGAUGUCGAGGAGGACGAAGAAGGUAUUGACAGCGAGUUCUUCAAUCAACUACUGGCUUUCAACAUCGAUCGUAAUCGUUUCUUCCAACUGAGUCUCAGGAAACCCCGUGCUCAGCCAGCAAAGAAGCAAGGCGGUGGCAACGAGCGUGGUGGCAGACGUGGAAGAGGAAAAGCAGAUGAAGAAGAGCUGUUGCGCAAUCUUGCACUUAUUGAAGGCAAGGGUUCCUUGGAUGAUGGUGAGCUCCCUAUCAAGCGCGGUGACGACUCCGAUGAUGAGGAUGUCAAGAUCGAGAAACCUGUGCAAUACGAGAUGCCCCAUCCCCGAUUCAACGCUCAACUCGCAGUACAAGACGAUACUCUUUACAUCUAUGGUGGUACCUUUGAGAAGGGCGAUCGCGAAUUUACCUUUGAUGAGAUGCACAGUAUCGAUCUCGGCAAGCUUGAUGGUGCCAAGGAGAUCUUCCGUCGCGAGCUCGAAGACUGGCAGGGCAGUGAGGACGAGGACAGCGAAGAUGAAGAUGAGGACGAGGAUGACGAGGAAGAUGAGAGUGAAGGCGAAGGUGAAACCGCUGGCACUUCAACCCCUGCAACUUCUGUCGCACCCGAAGAGAUUGCCAAGCCCGAAGAUGUGGCCAAAAAGCAAGCAGCAGAAGACGAAGAGCCAGAAGAUGAAGCUGCUACUGAAAAGUCUGAUGGUCUUCCUGGCCCGCGUCCCUUCGAGUCUCUGCGUGAGUUCUUCUCUCGCACAAAUCAUCAGUGGCAAGACAUUAUUCUGGAAGAGCACAAGUUCAAGCACGCGACUCAGAUCACCGAGAGAUCAGUCAAGGAAAUCCGCAAGAGCGCAUUCGAGCGUGCUGAGCAGAAAUGGUGGGAUGUCAGAGAAGAGAUGCAAGUAUUGGAAGACGAGCAAGAGGCUGCCGGCAUUGGCGAGGUUGUUGCUCUCGAGUCCCGCGGUGAAGGUAGUGGUGGUGGCGGUGCUGGCAGGAGAAGAUAG